AUGGAUAUAAAAGUGGAUUAUUACGAUCUUCUGGAAAAAACGAGGAUUUUUGGAGAAAAGACCCUGUACGAAUUGACAGAAAGUGAUGUUGAAAGUUACUUGGUAUUCUUAGGAUUCCCAAAAGUGCCAUCAAUAGCAAUGAAAGGUAACGGAGAAGUAGAAAGCUUGAUCUUUAUGUUGUCAUGUAAGCUGAUACAAGAGUGUAGCAACGUGACUGUAAACAAAAAGAAAGGAAAAAAGGAUCUGGAAGGGCAUCACCUGAAGUUAUUCGGAUACAUAAUACUGAACCUGAGUAACAGAAGAAAACUAUCAGUGCACAAUCCAGUGUUCCUAAAGCUGUUAGAAGCGGAAAUACCGAAAGUGAAAGAUGACCUGGAGUCAUACGAAGAGAGAUUGAAGAAUGUUCUGUAUUUAUCAACGUCACUGUACGGAAAUGAAGUUGAAAUUACAACGAACUGA